UUCACACUUGUUAUCACAAGCUUCUUCACCGGCAAAGCUUUAAUGAAAUACAAGAAUCUCUCUUUCUUUCGCACUUUUCCCUUUUCUUAGCAGUUCAGUGUAUUCUUUUUCCAUUAAAUAGAGGAAAGAAAAAGGUGCAAUUCUCCUCGAGAAAUGCUUAUGUGAGUUCUUGCAUAAUUCUAGACAGUCUUUGUCUUGUGCAGGGGCAAAUGACAUCCUUAGCCUCAGAUAGACUGCCAGAGUUAAAUUCAUCCCUUAUAUUAGGAAAUCCUAGCAGACUACCAGUCCUCUAGGAUUGAACUUCUUGCUUAGAUUUCCAAGUUGCUAUGGCGGUCUUUUGAAUUUUUAGAGGGUCUCCACUAAUUGCUAUAGUGAAUAGCAAGCCUGUUAAACAUUAUGAUCAGCAAUACUGAAGAUGAGGAAUUGGGCACCAAGCCCCUCAGGAGGUUAUCUGUCUUCUAUUAUGGUGUAGGGCACAUGCUGAAUGACAUAACAUCUGCCUGCUGGUUCACUUAUCUCUUGGUCUUCUUGACUGAUAUAGGAUUAUCCCCAAGUGAUGCUGCGGUUGUUAUGCUUUCUGGCCAGAUAGCUGAUGGCUUUACCACCAUAUUUGCUGGUGAAUUGAUUGACAGGUUUGGACACUUCAAAAUAUGGCAUGCUGCUGGAUCACUUUUAGUUGCAAUCUCAUUUUCUUCAGUCUUUGGUGGUUGCCUCCCGUGCAAAGUUCUUGGUUCCAGUUCUUCAACUCUGAAAACUGUUGGAUAUAGCACAUUUGCUGCAAUCUUCAACGUGGGUUGGGCUGCUACUCAAGUGUCGCAUAUGUCAAUGGUGAAUUGCAUCACACUAAAUUCAACAACUAGAGUAGUUUUAGCUAGCUGCCGCAAUGCUUUUACAAUGGUUGCCAACCUUAGCUUGUAUGCAGUUGCAUUCUUUGUCUUCAAGGUCAAAACAUCAGGAACACCAAUUUCUGUUGAGAAUCAGUACCGCUGGAUUGCAUACAUAUCAAUAGCCAUUGGAUGCUGCUUUGUGGGCGUAUUUCAUCUUGGAACUCAAGAACCAAGAUUGAAACAAGAUGCUCACGGAAAGGGUUAUGCUCGAAUUUAUUGGACAUACUGGUUUAAGAAAAUUCUGUACUACCAAGUUGCUCUUGUAUAUGUGCUCACUAGACUAGUAACCAAUGUUUCUCAGGCGUAUCUGGCCUUCUAUGUCAUCGAUGAUCUUCAGAUGCCCCAGUUUUCAAAAGCUUCGGUUCCUGCUGUCAUCUACAUUUGCAGCUUCAUUGUAUCGGUCCUGCUACAGGAAAUGACAUGGACUGGGCCACGCUUAAAGUCCUUUUAUUCUGCUGGAGGACUACUAUGGCUAUUUUGUGGUGCAGGAAUAUUUUUUUUACCAAGAAGCCUGAGUUAUUUGAUGUACUUCUUGUCAAUUGUUAUUGGAAUUGCAAAUGCCCUCAUUAUGGUGACCGGAGUAAGCAUGCAAAGUUUCCUAGUCGGUGAGGAUGUCCAUGGCUGUGCAUUUGUUUAUGGAUCAUUGAGCUUUCUGGACAAAAUUUCAUGUGGAGUAGCACUAUGCAUUCUUGAAUCAUACCAAAAUUCAUCAACCAAAGUACAUUCCUGUAGCCCGACAAACUCCUGUUUCUCUGUUGCUAGAUUUGGAUUAGGUUUUGUUCCUGCUGCUUGUGCACUCUUUGGUGUGGCAGUUACAUGCAGCAUGAAGCUCCAGCCCCCCACUCCAAAGCCUUUGAUGGAACCCUUAUUGGCAUAGAUUUCACAAGACAUCAACUUAAAUGUACAGCAACUCUCAAUAGAAGAAACAUACGCAGACAAUGAUCAAAUGAAACGGAUCGCUUUUGAUACCAAUUCAAAUGCAGCUCCUCAUUUUCUCACUGCAAUCCUAGUAGCUCUACUCAUUGAUGAUGUUACACUUUUUGUUUGCACUGUUUACUCUUUUCUUGCCUGAUUGCAGACAAAGGGUUUUGUGGUUCUUGCAGAAAAAGUUGAAUACAGGAAUUUGCAAACUAGGAAAAAUAUAACAUUUAUACACUCUCUCUCUUGCAAACAUUUAUGACAUUUAUAACACUUAUCCUUAUGCUUGUAAGUUAUAUUCUUGAUUGU